AUGCAUAUCGUCCAAAAAUUUGCGGUAGCAACAAUUGUCGCCCUUAUUGGUUAUUCCCUGGCCGUUCCUAUCGUUGUCCAUCCUGGUGGUGUGAAUGAUCUUGCCAUUACAUCGCAAGAUACUCUCAACGCGACAAACCCCUCUCGCCAUGGUCACAAGAAUUCUCCUGCGUCACCCGGUGCCGCCGAGGCGCUGUCAGUCUCUGUGUACAACAAUUUUCAGAGUGACAGUGUCAAUAUCUAUGUCACUGGACUUGAUUCUACUGGAUCUAUUGUCUGUCUUACACCUAGCGGAAGUUGGUAUACUCCAAUCGGCAAUGGCAGUCUUACAGUUCCCCAAAUAAUUACCGAAGAGAUUGCUAUUCCUAUUGGUGAUUAUGGAACAACUACUUCCUUUUUCCUUCCAAGCUAUGUGUCAGCGGGUCGCAUUUGGGUUGCAGAUGGCGACUUGACGUUCUAUAUUUCACUAAAUAGCACGGGUUUUCUAUCUCUGGUUGAACCGUCGGCAGUCAACCCGGAUGAUCCAAGUGCAAGCGUCAACUGGGGCAUCGUCGAGCUCACAACAAACUCUGGCGGUAUUACGGUCAAUCUAAGCUAUGUUGACUUUGUUGGUCUUCCACUCGGUAUAGAGGUACAGGGCAGCAAUGGCACCCAAACGGCCCUUGGUGUGCCAGCGGAUGCUGUGUCAUCCAUCUGUAGCGCCUUGAGUGCGCAGGCAUCCUCAGAUGGUCAGCCCUGGGACGAACUAUGUAUGACCGAUAGUAGCGGCAAUUUGCUUCGCGUUAUGGCUCCUUACGACUAUAUAAGCCAAAAUUCGGAUGCUUUUGCCUCCUACUGGACACGCUACGUUUCUCAAGUUUGGGCUAAAUACGAGACCACACCCCUAACAAUUGACACCCAAGCCGCACCUGGCCUAGUAAACUGUACGGCGUCGAACAGUACUUUGGCCUGCGUAGGCGACAAUCGAGCAUAUGCACAGCCAACCGCCGGCGAUAUAUUUGGGUGUAAUACCGGUCCAUUUGCCAUUGAGCCAACUGACAAUGCCGUCCAUCGAGCUGUUGUUCCGCGUCUCUGCGCUGCGUUUGAUCGGUCGACAUUUUUCCUCAAGGGAGGUAAUAUACAACCGAGUCUCGACUCGAGCUAUUACUACACGACAUCUCCGACCAACUACUACAGCAAGAUUGUGCACCAGCAUGAGGUCGAUGGGAAGGGUUAUGCCUUUGCUUAUGAUGAUAUCACUCCUGAUGAUGCGCCAAACGCCUCGGGUCUUCUUUCUGAUUCGAACCCCAGUCUUCUUAGUAUUACUAUUGGAGGUCCAAAGUCUUGA